CCAACACCUUUCACAGCCCAAACUAUCCAGUAUGGAACAAUGGCUCAGUCAAAAGGCGAGUGCCGGUGAUAACACAUACCAAGAAUGCACCAAAAUUCUCUCAGAUUCUCUCUCCAGCACCACAGAGACCUCACCCGCCUCAGCCGCAGAAGCCCUCCUGCACUCUGUGAACGCCUCAUCAAAACCCGCAGAUACCGGCUUCGAAGUCACAAACCUACUCCUAGACACAGUCGCUCAAUUCCCCUCUUCACACUCCCCCAUCAUCGCCCUCCUUCCCGCCAUCCGCGCCAUAUCACCAUCCCCAAAUCCAGUCUACUACCACCUCGAAUCCAUGCACCGGGAAAAUUAUGACGGUAUAUCCGGACUACGGUAUCUCUGGAAACCAGAAGAUAAGGAAGCGACCACUACGCCAGGUGAUAGAUGGGUCAAUUGUAACGUCUUUACUGUCAAACUGGCUACGUCGGAUUUCGACGAUGGGUACUUCAUUUUUGGCUUCUUCUGUCUGAGGGAAACGCUUGAGACGAACAGGCAAUUGAGAGAGGCGGAAUUCGAGAAACAUAUUCGCCCGAGUUUUCUCGAGCGUUCUGCAAUCGACGCAGAAGAACUUUUAAACUACGACCUCACAGCCGCUGCUAAAUGGGCCAUCAUAGGCGCAUCUCACAUGUACCGUCUGGGCAACUCAGUCUUUGGAGAAGGUUUGCAGAGAGGAAUCGCGGUGAAGACGGACUUUUGGAAUGGUGAACGGGAACCGGGGCUGUCAUGGGGAAGGUGGCUAUUGUGGCAGAGUAGGUUUGAGCAUUUUGCUGGACAAUUGUAUGUGAAGGAGGAGGUUAGAGUGCUGUGUAAUGAGGCGGUUGCCGCGAUUGGGAAUGCCUUGUUUCCAAAGGUGGAUUAGAUGGGUUUGCGGAAGAUGUGAACCAAGCAAGAUGAUGGAAUUCAUCGUAUGGGCUUUAUGUAAGCAGGUGAGGUGGGUUUCAAUCGUGGAGGAAGGCGCAACUUUGACCGCGACAUGUCGUCUUUAUACUCAGAUUAUUCAGUAUGAACUGCGAAAAGCUUGAGCUUCGUCAUAAGAUGAGUAUGAGCAGGCGCCGAAGAGGAAGACUCAUAUAGGAAAUGUCUCUAGCUUUUAUCGUGAACUUUUCUCCACACCGCAGUCCUCGUUGAGUAAUCUCACCUUUCAGUCACUCCAUCC